AUGGGACUGCACGAAUUUCCAGCCGAGGUCCACACCAGCGGGUCCGGCCCGGACAGUCUUGCCACCGUCCCCGACUUUUCUCACACGGCUCAAUAUGACGAAAUCUGCCAGCUAGUCAGCUCAGCCAAUUUGUCUCGCGCAGAAGCCCCAGCACCUGCUGAUGACCAACUCGAAGAUGCUGGCGUCACCAUCGGUUCUUACGAAAACUGCACUUCUUUUGCAAGUGGCUUAACGUCAGAAGUCUACCGAUGCAAAGAUCGAGCGCUCAAGGUCAUUGUGGAGACACACAACAUUGAGCCUCACAAUCCGCAACGCGAGGCCAAGAUUCUGGCGACCUUGAAACGACCAUGCAUUCCACUUUUGGAAACAUUCAGGGACCAAGAACAAAGAUUUGUCCUAGUGUUUCCUUACAAGCCCAUGACACUUGCCGAUGUCAUUGACAAAGGAACUAUCCCGCUACCCCAGGUUAGACGUCUCUUCAAGGACAUCUUUACUGCACUCGUAGAUAUCCACGGCCAAGGCAUCAUACACCGAGACAUCAAGCCCGAGGCCAUCUUGCUCGACGGCCCGGAUGGACCAGCAUAUCUUUCUGAUUUUGGAACGGCCUGGCACCCAGCCAUGUCGAUUGUCUCAGAGCCGGCCAAAUCCAAGAUUCUGGAUAUCGGAACCGGCCCCUACCGUGCGCCUGAAGCGCUCUUUGGCGAUAAAGCCUACGGUCCUUCUGUCGAUAUGUGGGCGGCUGGGGCCAUGCUAGCCGAGUGCUGUCGCAGCCCCCCAAAGCCCUUGUUCGACUCCAGGCCGGCUCAUGAGGAUGGCAACCAGCUGGGUUUGAUUCUAAGCAUCUUCAAAACUUUGGGCACGCCGACACGCGAGGCUUGGCCGGAGGCUACAAGCUUCAAGACGCCGCCUUUUGAGAUGUACCGCAUGUUUGACGGCCAGCCGUGGACAGAGAUUCUUCCCGAGGUUGAUCCCCAUAUGCGAGACCUAAUAUCGAGCUUGGUUCGCUUUGACUCCAAGAGGGCUACGGCGGAGCAAGCUUUGCAGCACAAGUUCAUGGUAGAGACUGAGCAAAGUCAAGCAUAG